AGAAGAAGGUAAUGCCACAGUUUUGCAAUUUAUUCUAAAAAUAGGACUUAGACAUCUAAGAUAGUGUUAACACGGCCUCAGUUUUAAUAGUUUGUGGUUCUAUGGAAACACGCUAACUGUAUGUGUGGUCAAAUCCUCUAAAUGCAAAAUCCUAUAGAAGAUGAGAACAGUCUAUCAAAAGCACUUUAAAAGGGACAAUCUAUAUGGCGUAUUUAAAGAUCUACUCUGUCCUUUCAAUAGAAGCUCAACAUCUCCUAUGUUCUGGUGGUGGGUGAUGAGAUAAACUGACUUCAAAAUAGCCAAGUGUGAGAAUUUCCUGCUCAAACAUUAAAUAACACAUUGAUAAGCCAUCUACCUUUUCAUCUCUUGCUUCACUCUGAGACCCACAGGAGAGUCUGUAAGAGCAGAGAUAUUCUUUCUGCUUUUACAGGAUUUAUGUCUUUAGAUUUCACUUUCUAAUAUCCAGCCAUAUUGGCCACUGUAGGACACUGAAGAGGCCUUCCCGCCAAUGGAUGCAAAACUUUCCAGCUGAGAGAAGUUUCUCAUAGAGCACAGACCUUGACACGCCUCAGCUGCAGAGAUGAAUAAUCAAACAGUAACCUACUCAGAAGUGAAUCUGGCCAAGAACCCAAAAAGGCAGCAAAUCAAACCCAAGGACGCUGAUAGCUCCAUUUCAGUCACUGAGCAGGAAAUAACUUAUGUGGAAUUAAACCUUCAUGGUCCUUCCCAGGAUCUUCAGAAGAAUGACAAGAAUUUCCGCUGCAAAGGGAAGUUCAUUGCUGGGAUCCUGGGAAUCACCUCCAUUGUCUUGAUGGCCGGUGUAAUAACCAUGAAAUUUAAAGUUAUUUCUUCUUCUAUUGGAAAUCCAGAGGAGAACAGAACCCCGAAUGCAUCUUAUUGUGGCCAUUGUCCAGAGGACUGGUUAUCCUAUUCCAACAAUUGCUAUUAUGUUAGUAGUGAUAAAAAAACCUGGACUGAGAGUCAGAUGGCCUGCGCUUCUAAGAAAUCUAAUCUGACUAAUAUAGAUGAUGAAGAAGAAAUGAAGUUUAUGGACCUUCUAUCUUCUUCAUGGGUUGGACUCUCUCGUGAAAGCAGUAAUUAUCCCUGGUUAUGGAUAAAUGGCUCACCUUCCAACCAAAAGAUAAGAGAGAUACGAAAUCGUACUUACAACUGUGCUAUUAUAUUCUCAUCAAGCCUUCAAUCAGCCAGUUGUGGAUCUGCAAAAACAUACAUUUGUAAGCUUGAGACUUUGAGUUAAAACACCUGGCCCUGGAGCCCUUCUGGUAUCUUUAUAUUUUAUCAAAUGGAAAUAACACCAUGAUUGCAAAAGUUUUAUAAUCAAUUACAUUAUUUGUUUAACUGGAAGCUCCAUAUUGGAACCCUCCUGGACUUUACCCUAUGGCCUUCUUCUCUUGGAUGAUUUUAAUCAGUACCCUUUUCUCUAAUAAAAUAUAACUGGGAGUAUAACAACUUUCUUGUGUUCCUGAGUCUUUAUAUUGUUAAACAUGCUUACUUAUCUGUUUGUUUUUGUAACAAAAUAAAAAUACCUAAAUUAUUGCAGUUUUAUAAGAAAUCUGAAUAUCCGAUUUUGUGAGUGCUCAAAUUUUUUAUUCUUUUGUAAAUUAUUGGCCGUUUACAUUUUGAUACAAUUUUUAAUAUCAGCUUAACAGUUUCCACAAUGAAGACUCUACUGGGGUUGAGACUUCUUGAAUGAUGGAGGGUAGAUCUCUGUCAAUAUCCUCUAGAAAGGGAAGAAACUGGCAAGAAAUUUUCAUACCAACUUUUUCAAGACUCUGGCAAUUAAACAAAGGCUUGAGACAAUAGAGGGAGUAUUUAAUCAAGAAAAAAUGCUGAACUUCAGUAAGAAAGAUAGUGUCUGUGGCAUUUUAUCUUGGCCUCAUGCCAAACCCCUUCUCCCCAGCUCCUCGGUAGCCAUGAAAACUAUCAGCUAUGCCACUACUGAAGAGGAAGACCAAGUUUGGAGCUCUUAAGAGUCCCAUAACCACAAAAUUGUCAUCCUUUGACCUUUCUCAGUCUCCCUGGAAAACCCCACUCACAGUUCAUUGUGGAUAUUUGACAUGGUUCGAGCUAGCUCUGUGGGAAAAUUGUUUACUGAAAACAAUCAACAGCAAUUGUUUCACAUUACAGCUACUUGAGGCUGCAAUACCAGUUGUGGCCAAAAGAGCCUGAUUAAAGAUAAAAGGAAGAUUUAGGGAACAAGAUGUUCAGAGAGCUUUGAAAAGCUCAUGAAUGUACCUGGGUGUCUAGAAGGCUGUGCCGUUGUACAGGGUUGUGUGCAUGCUGAGGAAAGAUCUCAGAAGGUCCCAAUCUCUUCUUGUGAUGAAGGCUCAAACAACCGAUUUUCAGAGUUCCUUGUUCUAAUACGCACAUUGAAGUAAAUCCAUUUUGCACAAAACAUGCUAUCAAUGUUGUAAUUUUAGUUUAGUUUAUCUCAAAAUUAUGAACACUCCUUGUGAUCAUUCUUUUGACCAUACAUCAGUUAGCAAUAUUAAAAGUCAUAUGAAGAUUUAAAAAUGUUUAUUAUUUAUGUCUAUUUGAGAGUAUAUUUAAGUUAUACUCUCAUUAGAGAAUUUAUAAUAAAGGAAAUGUUUUACAUCUUAAUUUAAAAUGUGGCUAGUGUGAAAGAUGAACUGAUUUUUAAAAAUUUUAUUUAUUCUUAAUUAAUAUGAAUUUAAAUCAAAAUAGCUAUAUUUUGAGAGCCCAUAUGUUGUGGCUACAGCACAGUUUUACAUAUUUUAUAUUUAUAUUCUUGGAAAUAUGAGCAUAUAAUGGCUUUUGGGAAAUGUAAGUGAAUUUCAAAGAUAUGUGUAUUCUGUACAUGUAUAUAAUAAGUGUGUAUGUGUGUGUAUGGGUUUAUUGUCUAGUUUGUAUCCUUUUGUAGCCUUACUCAUAUAUUUGCCUGUUUGAUAAGUCUAGAGUACUUUUCUUGCUCUACAUAGUUAGACAGGAGUUUUUGUAAUUUUUAACAUAUUAUUCUUAUUAAAAUAUAAAAAAUUGCUUAUAAUUAAAGGAUGAAUAUAUUAAUAAUAUAAUUAGCACUUUAAAUUUUUCAAUAGCUGGCAUGGUGAUGAAGUUCAAUAUUGUUUAAUGUUUUAUCCUUUUAAAUGAUAUUUAUUUAUCAGGGAUAUCUGAAGAAUCAACAAUUUAUUUUUAAAAAAUUAUUGCAAGAGUUAAAAAACUAGAGCCGAUGAAUCAAGAAGAUAAUUUUGAUGGUGCUGGUUUUUGUGCCACCAACAAUGAAGUUGAAAAUGUAAUAACUGGUGUUAAGUUUAAUUAAAUAGUUGUUCAUAAUAGUGUCAUAAUAUUUAGAAAUUUUUCCAAAAUAAGAGAAAUGACCUGAGGAAUGUGACACCAUGAAUUAGCAAUCUAGUCCAAAAGUGUGAUUUCAAUAUCUAAGAUAUUCUUAAGAUGGCUCAAGUUUUAAUCGUUUGUGAUGAGAAGGAAACAGGUUUACUGCAUGAGUGGUUAAGUCCUCUAGCUCUUAAAAUCCUGUAGAAUAUGAGAACAAUUUCUCAAAAGCACUUGAAAAAGGACGAUCUAUAUAUGACACAAGUAAAUAUCUUUGUCUUUUAAUAAGAUUCCAUAAAUUGACUUCAGAAUAGUCCAAGUGUGAAACAUUCCUGUUCACACUUUAAGUGACAAUUGAUGAGUCAUUUACUUUUUCCACUCUUGCCUCACUCUGAACCCUAAUAGGACAACCCGCGAAGAGCACAGAUAUUGUUUGUUCUUGUCCUGAUUUACGCCUUUAGAUUUUUCUUCUUAUUUCCCAGCCAUAGCAGGCAACCUUUAGGAGAGAGUAAGCAGGCCUCCUCACUAAAGGAUGCAUGACUUUCUGGCUGACAGAGGUAUGAGCCACUGCUCUGCUGUCUCGCUUCUAGCCCCCUUCGUUCAGUAGAAGAAUAUAAAUGUUCCAUAUGAAACCGUCACAAGAAGAAAUUGAACAUAUGAACCCACUAUAAUAAGAGAUUGAGUUAGUAACUAACAAAACUUCACACAAAUAAAACCCCAGACCAAAAUGGCUUACUGGUGAGUUCUAAGAAACUUUUAAAAAGGAUAAAUACUCAUCCUUACACACUACUAUUGAAAAAUGGAAGAAAAUAAGACACUUCAUAUCUCCUUCUAUGAGGCCAGGGUUAUUCUGAUACCAAGUCACAAAUGUUUUACAAAAAAUUUAAAUUAUAGAAAAAUUUAUCUUUCAAUACAGACUCUAGCCUCUUCAACAAAAUACUAGACAACCAAGUAAAGCAACUGCACAGAUUUUUGUUUAUUUUGCUUUGUUUUUCUACUUUAUUGUUUCUGAUUCUUUUUAAAAUUUUUAUUGUGGUCAAAUAUAUGUAAUAAAACAUCUCAACCAUUUUUACAUGUACAAUUCAGUAACCCUAAUUACAUUCACCAUGUUGGGCAAUUGUCAUCACAAUCUGUUUCCAAAUUUUUCAUAACCCUAUACUUAUUAAACAAUACUACCUAUUUCCCCCUCCCACCUACCAUUGGGAACACCUAGUGAAUUUUGGUCUCUGUGCAUGUGCACGUUCUGGGUAUUUAAUGCAAAUAGAAUCAUACAAUAUUUAUCCUUUCAUGUCUGACUUAUUGCACUCAGGAUAGUGUCUUCAAGGGUUCAUCCAUGUCAUAGCGUGUAUCAGAUCUUCGUUUCUCUUUAUGGGUUAAUAAUAUUCCAUUGUAUGAAUAUACAAUACCAUUGUAUGAAUUAACCACUAAGUCAUCAGCGCUUCUUAUUUCCUUUUUAUUUUUUGUAAUAUAUGUGAUAAUACCACCAUUUGCGUUUUGAUUAGUCAUUAGCAUAUUUUCCCCUUUUUCUUCAUUUAAAAAAAAAACAAAACAGUGCCAUCGAGUUGAUUCCGACUCAUAGUGGCCCUAUAGGACAGAGUAGAACUGCCCCAUAGAGUUUCCAAGGAGCGCCUGGCAGAUUCUAACUGUCAACCCUUUGGUUAGCAGCUGUAGCACUUAACCACUACACCACCAGGGUUA